CUUUAUUUGCAGCCCAAUAAAGGCUGGGCCAAAGGCAGCCAGGCUCAGCACACUCCGUUCCUCUCCUGUGUUCUCCCCAGCAGUCUCCCCAGGAGCCCGUGGCCAUGGCACAGCUGCUUCUGCUCAUUGUGGCUCUCCUGGUCCUGGGUCAUGUGCCACCAGGGAGAAGUGAAUUCAAACGGUGCUGGAGGGGCCAAGGGGCCUGCCGAACCUACUGCACAAGGCAGGAAUCCUACAUGCACCUGUGCCCGGAUGGGUCCCUGUGCUGUCUCUCUUACGAAUUCAAGCCUAUGCCGGUCACCAAGUCUGAGUAUGACUAGCUGAUUUUGGGGCCAGCACCCUCGCUGUUCAAUAAAACACAUGCUACCAGCUGUC